AUGAGCGGUGCAGUCCUCACAACCUUUGUCGUCUUGUUGGGCUCGCUUGGACUGGCGCUGGCAAGCACACCUUCUUCUUACUCAUGGGUCUACACCUACCCCACUGGGUUUAGCUGCGACCCGCUCUCCAUAAAACAAUUCGGGGCCGACCCAACCGGAGCCAAGGACGUGAGUGGCGUGCUCACUUCCGUGAACAGCAUUUCCAACUUCGACGCUUCCGGCAUCAUACACAUCACCGCCGGCACAUACCUGGUCGCAAAAUCCAUCGCCCUCAGCAAGCCGGUGUCUCUGUCGGCGGGAGCGGUCCUGAAGAUCGCUUCAGGGGUCACGCUUACCUUCAACUCUCCGGUGGCGGCCCCGUCCUCGUCCCAGAUCUUUUCCGGCCCAGGAGCCGUCAAGUUUGGGUUCGGCGUCCAGGCUUCGGUGUAUGUGGAGUGGUUUGGUGCCAAGGGGAACGGCGCAACCGAUGACACAGCGGCCAUCAACGCUGUGCUGGCAGCCGGAGACAGUUCCCUCAACGUCAUGUUCCAAGCCAAGACGUACCUGACAUCUGGCCCGCUGAUGGUCCCAUCCAACGCUGUCGUCCAAGCUGCCCCAGGCGCUAUGGUGAAGGGCAAGUCGCGGCUGGCUGACGCGUUUGUGUUCCAGCUGCCCACCGCCGGGGGCAUAUACAUCGGGCGCCAGAGCCUCCCGGCCCUGCAGAACCACCGCCGUGCCAUCACCUUUUCGGACGCCGGCAUUAUCGACGUCUAUUCCCCAUCUGUCAGCGGCUGCGAUGAGGCUGUGCGCGUGCAGAGCACCCGGGCCAAGGGCGCGGGGCGCCAGAUCUCCCAAGUCCGUGUGGAAGUCCCCAAGCUGGACAACGUCAUCAAGGUGGUGAACUUCUUUGACAAGAACGGCGGCGCCGUCAUGCAAGGGAGCAACUUCAGGUUUGGGACAUACACCGACUCUGGCUCGGGGACGGCGCUCAUCUCCUUCCAGGCCAGCGGCGGGGGCUGGGCAUACUGGGACUCCAACGACUACCACUUCGACCGAGUCACCCCCGCCGCCUCGUCCUCGGCCAACAAGCUGGUCCUCCUCGCCUGCGACGUGAGCACCACGCUGUACCGCCAGAAUCUGUACAUCUCCCGCCUGGACCCCCUGCCCGCCGGCGGCCGCCUGACCAACGCCAACAUCCAGGACUGCAUGAUGGUGGUGAGCGCCAGCGCGGCGCUGAGCGCCGCGCAGAUGGCGCUGCCCGUGUUCCGGUCCGGCACGGUCAAGUCCAACAACUUCAACAACUUCAUGCUGACUGCGCCAGCCAUCGCCGGCCUGACGGCCUCCACCUCGCCCAACACGCGCGCCUCCUUCAACGGCGGCCUGCCCCUGACCUCCUCCCUCUUCACCCUGGCCCUGCGGGCCAACAAGCCCAGCAGGGACCCGCGCACAGGCAAGACGCCGGCGGACGGCAAGACCUGGCCCGCGGGCGAGGCGCGCCGCUUCUACUUCUACCAUGGCCUGGCCCAGAACCAGCAGCUGGUCUACGUCACCGUGCCCAAGAUCGGGGCCACCUGCCAGCCCAGCGGCGUCGCCAUCACGGGGAUCUUCGACAACUCGGCCACCGUCCCAUAUGAGGUGGAGGUCGUGGCGGUGGCCUGCAAGCCGCUCGUGGUCGCAGACGUCAAGUCGGGCAAGGUCAACAUCAGCUUCCCGGUGCUGGUCGGCACUGUGGGCACAGACUGA